CCCUCCUCCUGGAGUAAUUUUGUGUGGAUGUGUUCGGUGGCGCUGCGCUCUGUAUCAUCUUUUGCACAAUGCAACUAGGGAGAACAAAUCAUAAAAUGUCAAGUCUGGUUUUAAUUUCCUAUCCCCAGCCAUGAAGGAAAAAUCUGACGUCUUUUCACGGAACCAGGACACUUUUUCACGAUGAAAAUUCAUUGCAAGUUUGUGGUGAUCGUUAUAUGCUUCGGAGUUUUGCUACUUUUGUACUUCUUAGUGGGCAAUGCUGCAGACGAGCCGCCUUUGAAAGAAGUUGCGAAUGAUAACUCUUUUCCACCUUCAUCCGGACUGGGAAAAAUAGUUUCCGUGAAGUUGGGAAAAAAACCUCGACUAUCUCGCCUUUCACAAAAUCAGCCACGUCCGAACCGAAGGGAAGGCAAAGUAACGCACAGAGGAGGCUUUGUAAAUGCGAAGCUUAGGCAGAAGAACGAGGCGGGACGUCCUGUGUCCGGGAGUGCCCUGUCGGAGGAUUGGAUGCACCUGGCCGUGGUGGCCUGUGGGAGUCGGCUGGACGAGACGCUCACCUUGAUCAAAUCUGCUCUCCUGUUCAGCGUGAAGAAGAUUAAGUUCCACAUUUUUACCGAGGAUGCCCUAGCCUCGCCUUUCCAGAAAGGGCUCAGCAAGUGGCCCCGCCAUGUCUCCUCAAGGUUUCAGUAUAGUGUUUAUCCAAUCACCUUCUCAGUGGGGAAUGCUGAGGAGUGGAAGAAGCUCUUCAAGCCUUGUGCUGCCCAGAGGCUCUUUCUCCCAGUGAUCUUGAAGGACGUGGACUCCCUCCUGUACGUGGACACGGAUGUUCUCUUCCUGAGGCCCUUGGAUGACAUCUGGAGCUUCCUGAAGGAGUUCAACAGCACCCAGCUGGCCGCCAUGGCGCCCGAGCACGAGAUACCCAAGAUCGGGUGGUACAGUCGCUUCGCGCGACACCCCUUCUACGGGGUGACGGGGGUAAACUCGGGGGUGAUGCUAAUGAACCUCACUCGGAUACGCAGCACUCUCUUCAAGAACAACAUGAUCUCUACUGGCCUGUCAUGGGAGGACCUCCUUCACCCCCUCUACCAAAAGUACAGAAACCACAUCACCUGGGGUGACCAGGACCUUCUCAACAUCAUCUUCCACUUCAACCCUGAGUGCCUCUAUACGUUCCCGUGCCAGUGGAACUACAGGCCUGACCACUGCAUGUAUGGCAGCAACUGCAAGGGGGCGGAGGAAGAGGGCGUGGCUAUUCUUCACGGCAACCGAGGAGCAUAUCACGAUGACAAGCAGCCUGCCUUCAAAGCAGUGUAUGAUGCGAUACAUGAUUAUCCCUUUGAUGACAACAUAUUCCAGUCUUUGUUCUAUCCACUCCAGACGAAGUUCCUGGACACUGUCAACACAUUGUGUGGCAGGAUACCCCAAGUGUUCCUCAAACAAGUGGAAAAGACUAUGAAGACGUUGUACGAGCAGAAAGUGAUCGUUCGUGUGAAACGGCCCCACAAAUAAUUUUUUAUGGAUGGGGGGAAAAAAAUACAAACUUAUCUCAAAUGUUCUCUCUGUGCAUUUUAACUGGGAGGUGCAUACAGAGUACCAACAGAAAGGAAUAUGAAUUCUUGGUCUGUGACAUUACAGCUGAAUCUUUCCAAGGAGGAUGUGCAAUGUAAAGAAAUAAUGCUCCUGAUGUGGACGGGCUGCAUCCUGAUAACAUGGCCAUGUGUACAUGUUUGGGGGCUUGGAAAGGAUGGAAUGGAUCUCCAUCCCUCAGCAUCAGAAAGGAUCUGCAGGGUGUAUACUGGAGGAGGCCUGACACCCAGAUUAUGGGUUCCCAGAGUAUAACAUGCAACGCAGAAGCUGAGCAUUUUGGCCAACAGACCACUCCACAAGGAGUGGCUACAGCAAGGGAAAUAAACGGGAAGAACAUGAAUCCACUUUUGAGAGCCGAUGACCAUUUCUAGAAACUUGCCGUUAACAUGGCUUUUCAACUUGCCUGUUCCUGAUGUUCACAGUCAACAUAAUAUUGCAUUAAAGCAACAUUUUACAGUGCUGGUCAUCUCUGUUGUUACAUAAGUUUCUAUUACUCACAACUCUGCUCAAAAGGAAUAAUGUGAAAUGGAGUAUGUGAAAUCUUAAAUGAAUAUUUCUUAGAGCCAUUGCUGGUAUCUUUUUUGAGUAAAAGGCGAAGGCAGCCAAAGAGAUAACACUCCCAACGGAUGGGCAAUUAUGUACUCAACAAAGGGGACAUUUUUCAGUACAAAGGAGCCAUUUUAAAGUAAACAAAAGAUAUGGAAAGGAAUAGUUUCCUUUACCUGAGCACUGCUAACAAUGUAAAAACAUUGUUGAUUGUCACAUUAUGCUGUCAGAAUGUGAAUUUCGCCCUGUCAUUUACAUUUUGGCAUCAUGUGACACACCCCAGAUAUCACUUUCACUUCCAAAAUCAGAUCAGCAGUGGGCUCAGAAAGGUAAUGCUAUCUCUGAUUGACCCUGAUGAUCUAAACCAUAGAAAAAUAGUCAAGUAAAGAAAUGCUAAUAAUACUACAGUAAAUACAAGUAAUUGUGUCAUCAUCUCUUUAAACGAUCUGUUACUUUCACAGCGUUCUAACAGUAUUUUUGGCUGGACCGCAACAGCGGAUGUCUGUGACUGACUGACUGAGUGAGAGAUGUAGUUACACCAUUGGUCGGCCGAGUUAUGAAGUUACACCAUUGGUCGGCUGGAUCACGUAUGUUAGGUCCAGCCAUAUACUAGGUUUUGACCUGGUCUUGUUUAAAUAUUCUUCUCCAACUCCAUGAUGUCAGAAUUGAUGCCUCAUAGUGAUUUAACCUGCAGAUGUUAUUUAAGCAGUGUGCCACAACGCAUCCAUAGCAGAACUUUCACUAAGAGGUUUCAAACGAGCCCCCUCUUUGCCUGAAGGAGUCUGUGAUUGAUGUCUUUAUGUCCUACAGAGUUGAUGUCUGCAUUAGUCAUGUAUAGCUUUCGGAGGCAUCCAUUGUGAUGAAGCUUCAUUAAGUCUAUCAGAAGUGUUAUCAUGCGACACAGGCUGGUACAGUAUCGCAGUGACUCCUAAUGAGUAUGAGAAUUCAGUGAACAAAUCGCAUACUCCCUGUAAAUGUGGAUUUUGGUGCUGGUGUGGGAGGGGGUGUGCGGUGAAAGAUGGAGUAACAGUAUUAUAUACACUUUUAAAUUCAUUAUCCAAUAAACAGUUUAUCUGUGCACUUUAUAUCAUGCCUGGCUUUUGGAUUUUACAGUACCACAGUCGGAGCAGAAUUCACAGCUCUGAUUUUUGGUACAUCUGAAUUAGCUGCAUUCUUUAAUUUAGAAAAUAUAUGGCCAAAUACUAGGAAAGCAAACCCGGGGUUCUGUGACUCUCAGAUAAAGAACCUGUCCUGUUAAAGCUAUGGUAUGUGUAAUAACUUCAAAGUAUUGUGUAUAUGUUCACAGUUCACAUUUGGAAGUCCGAGCACACACACACAUUAGUUCUGUAGUAGAAUUGUGAGGGCUGGAACAUGCACCUGACAUGUAAAUGUGAUACAAAUAUUUAUAACUGAAGAGUACAGCAAAGCGAUCGGAAGGAUGUUUGAAUAUUCAAACCUAAACACCUUUUUCUGUUGAGAAGUUGUGGUGGAGAAGUAUAGCAUCGCUGUGAUCAUCUCGUCAACUUUGAUACUGAAGACAUUAUUCUCCAGAUUGAUUGUAUUUCCAUAUUACAAUGUUUACUUUUUCUGUUCAAAUUAAGAAAAUGCACUUAAGGUUAAAAACUUCCAAAGCAAAUGAAUGUUAUCUUUCUGUCAGGAUUGCUUUUGUUCACAUUUUUGGCAAAAAAAAAAAAAAAAAAAAAAAUUUGCAUUGCUAUAUUGUUGCAUGAAGUCUUUGUAAUAAAUGAACAUGAAACACU